UAUUGAUGUUUCUUAAACAUUUUAUUUCAAUACUAGCUGCACUUAAGUUUAAAUGAAAGAAAUCUUAGACUACUCAAAGGAAAAUAAGUAAAGCUAUUUUUGAUAAAGGAUAAAGUGACAACAUUUCAUUAUGUCCACUACCAAUGAAAUAGAAAUAUUACUUAAAAAAGCAGUAACUCUUUUACAUUCUUCGCACGCCAAUUCGGCCACUGAGUUGCGUUUGCUGCUGGAUGAGGAGAUUAAGAAACGAUAUGGCUCCGAAAAGACCAUUACGAAUAAUUUGAGCAAGAAACAAUUGGAUGAUGAGGCAAAUUUCCCUGGAAGAGCGGCUACCCCACCACCGCAACCAGUAGAGACGGAAGAAGUUAUAAAUCUAAUACAUUCGCCGGCUAAAACCAUAUCGGAUUCCCCCGAUACUAUAGCCGAUUCAGAUGAUGCUGUUAGUGGAGCCGGUGGUAUACUGUCAACGACAGCAGAAGAUGAAACCAACCUUAAGGAGUUUGGUGAUUUAAAUUGUUGUGUAUGUGGUGAAAUUCGAUUUACGGCCACAAAUCGUCUGAUUGAAUGCUCGAAGUGUGGAGCGCUCUAUCACCAAGAAUGCCAUAAGCCGCCAAUAAGCGAUGAUGAAGCUUCCGAAGAACAGGGACAUAAUUGGCAGUGUGAUAAUUGUAUUGGCAAGCCAACAAUGACUACAGCCACUGCAACGACAAAGUUAGGUGGAAGUUCUACUCCCGGUGUUGUCGUUAUACCUGAUGAACCAAUGCCCUUAAUUACCAACUCCUCAGUUCCAUCUAUAAAAUCGAAAUCAUCGGCUACAUCUUCCAGAUCAUCAUCUUCAUCAAAUUCAUCGUCGCCUUAUCAUAAAAUGGAACAUGUACAGGUGGUAAAUUCCGUUGUAGGCGGUAAAACGUCAUCAUCUUCAAAGUCUCAUCGCGAAGAUCGCAUGUCAACAGGUAGUAGCAGCAGUAAAGUGACUGCCAUCAAUACAUCAUCCAUAUCAUCCACUUCAUCGACUAAUAAAAAACAUUCUUCAUCAGGUAAAUCUAAAUCAUCUAAACAUCAUGAUAGCAAAAGAAAAUCAAAUAAAUAAAAUUGCAGCAAUUGAAUAGUUUUCUACUUUAAA